CUUUUCUUUUGUCUUUUUCUUUUGUGUAUAUUUUUCUCUUUUUUUCUUUUCUUUUUUUUCUUUCGAGGUUUGGGGUUUUUGGCCAAAUCCUAUUUCAUGCAUGUCCACUGGGGGCAGGUUCAACUUUGAUGAUGGGGGGUCAUACUGCGGUGGCUGGGAAGACGGCAAGGCCCACGGACAUGGCAUCUGCACGGGCCCCAAGGGCCAGGGCGAGUACAGUGGCUCCUGGAGCCAUGGCUUCGAGGUGCUGGGCGUCUACACCUGGCCCAGCGGCAACACCUACCAGGGGACAUGGGCCCAGGGCAAGAGGCACGGCCUGGGCGUGGAGAACAAGGGCAAGUGGGUGUAUCGGGGCGAGUGGACGCACGGCUUCAAGGGCCGCUACGGACUGCGCGAGAGCACGGGCACCAGCGGCAAGUACGAGGGCACGUGGAACAACGGGCUGCAGGACGGAUACGGCACGGAGACCUACUCGGACGGAGGUACGUACCAGGGCCAGUGGGUGGGAGGCAUGCGGCAUGGCUACGGGGUGCGGCAGAGCGUGCCCUAUGGGAUGGCUGCCGUCAUCCGCUCCCCCCUGCGCACCUCUAUAAACUCCCUCCGCUCCGAGCACAGCAACGGCUCCGCUCUGCUGCCCGGCGACAGGAUGGCGGGCGUGGCAGGGCCCGCGGGGGGUGGCGGCGGCGGCGGCGGUGGCGGUGGAGGCACAGCUGGGAGCGGCAGCGGUGGCAGCGGAGGUGGUGGAGGUGGCCCAGGUGGAGUCAUGGCCACCAGCCCGACCGUGUCGCGCGGCGGCUUCGUGCUCACGGCGCAGAGCAGCGAGACGGAGCUGCUGGGGGCGGCCAAGCGGCGCGGGCUGUUCCGCCGCUCGCUGCUGUCGGGCCUCAAGCUGCGCAAGUCGGAGUCGCGCAGCUCGCUCAGCAGCCAGCGCAGCAAGCAGAGCUCCUUCCGCAGCGAGGCUGGCAUGAGCACCGUCAGCUCCGCCUCCAACGCCUCCGACGUCAACUCCACCAUCAGCCUCGGCGACGGCGAGUCCGAGCCGGGGACCGCCGAGGUCCUGCCCCCCGACGAUGUGGACGCCACGGCCACCGAGACCUACGAGGGCGAGUGGAAGAACGACAAGCGCACGGGCUGCGGCGUGAGCAAGCGCUCAGACGGCUUGUGCUACCAGGGCGAGUGGCUCAGCAACAAGCGCCACGGAUACGGAUGCACCACAUUCCCAGACGGAACCAAAGAGGAGGGCAAGUACAAGCAGAACAUUCUGGUCAGCGGCAAGCGGAAGAACCUCAUCCCGCUACGGGCCAGCAAGAUCCGGGAGAAGGUGGACCGGGCCGUGGAGGCCGCCGAGAAGGCCGCAGACGUCUCCAAGCAGAAGUCGGAGAUCGCCCAGUCCAGGACUGCCCAUGCGCGGGGUAAGUCGGAGGCGGCCCUGAGUGCGUCUCUGAAGGCCCUGGAGGAGUGUCGCCUGGCCCGGGUCACCGCCAAGGAGUUCAGCCCCACCUUCCAGCAGCGCAGAAACGGUGUGGAGUGCCAGCGUCCCAAGACGCAGGUGUCCAGCGAGAACGAGACGGAGCCGCUCUCCAGCACGGGCACGGCCGACAGCCCCGAGCUCUACGUGAAGGGCAAGGGCACGUCGCCCGCCAACGCCACCAACGCCCACGCCACCCUCAGCCAGAGCCAGAGCCAGAGCAGCCCCCCCACCAGCCGCCACAACUCCCCCAAAAGCUCCUCCUCCGCCCACCGCCGCAAGAGCGCCCGAUUCCUGCGGCAGAGCGCGGUGGAUGACGAGCAGACGGGGGGAGGAGGUGGAGGAGGGGAUAGAGGAGGAGGGGAGCGGGGAGGGGGCGCCACGGAGAUCCAGGUGCUCCUGGAGGGGCCCCGUGGUGGUGGUGGUGGUGGUGGUGGUGGUGGGGCCCGGGGGUCCAGCGGUCGGCCAGACCACAACACCUCCUCCACCACCACCACCCACCCGGAGAUCCACCACAGCAACGGACACAACAAGGCCAAUCACAGGCCGCGAGACCACCACGGCUCGUCCAAUCACAGGCUGAGCGGUGGCAGCGGGGGGCGGGGCUCUCGGAGUAGCCACCACCGGCUGCAGCAUUCCAACAGCGGCAGGGUGACGGACGGCGGCGGCGGAGCGCUGGGCCAACUGGACGAGGAGAAGCUGAGCAACUAUGAGAUGGAGAUGCGGCCGCUGCAGCCGCGAGACGCCGCCCCCUCCCAGAGACACCACCACGCCCACGACGACCGUCACCACGGCGAUGGAGGUGGCGGCGGAAGUGGAGGAGGGGGCGGAGGAGGGGGACGGUCGCAGAGACAGCGGGGCAAGCUGCAGAGGGAGCGGGCCAGGGACGGGGGUGGUGGCAAGGACAGAGGAGGAGGAGGAGGAGGAGGAGGGGCCAGCCUGGCAGGGGGAGGGGUGGAGGUGGGGGAGAAAGCGGACGGCAGGCCUCUGCGUAGGGACCUGACCCUCUCCCCCCCACAGCGCUCCACACCCAUUGCACUAGAACACGAUAACAAGAGCCUGCAGCUCAAGACCAACGGGGGCUCCAGCUCCAUCCUGGUUGUCAUGGUGAUUUUGCUCAACAUUGGAGUGGCCAUCUUGUUCAUCCAUUUUUUUAUUUGAACUCCUCGGGUCUCGGAUGGACGGAUGGCCCACCCAACGUCAAAAACCCAACGUCGUCUUUCACUGCACCAAAUGGACAAACGGGUAGAGAGAGAGAAGAGAUUUGGAGAUUUGUGAGACAGAGAGAGAGUGUGUGUGUGACGCCCACAAGAAAGAAAAGAGAGAGAAAAAGAAACACACAUGCGUAACUCGACUCGUGAUGGUUUCACCCUCCAAAAGCAGUGUCCAGAUAUGGGCGACCAUGCAGGCCCCCUUUUGGAACGGACAGCUAUGUCGUCGCUCUGCUGCUGUUCUCUUCUAGAACUUUCUGGGUUCGACUCCCACAACAUUUAACUGCAUCCUUUGUAAAAGACUUCUAGUUAUAAAGAAAAACCUAUUCAUUUAUACAGUACAUGUAUUAUUAAGUUAUUCAUUUCUUUCUUUGCAUUUUUUUUCUUGUAUGAUGAUAUUCUUCGUUUAUUUAUUUAUUUAUGUAUUUAUUUAUUGUUAUUAUUGGUUUGUUUUUUUUCUUUUCAACAACUUUCCUGCCUUUUCAAUGCAGCUGUUGGCUUUGGUGAUUCUCUGGAGUUUUUGGAGAGUGUGUGCAUCACAAAGAAUGACUAAAUCUGAACGUACUGUA